AUGGAUUCAAACAAUCCUUAUGGGGGUUCACCUGGGCACUUUAGCUUAAACAAUUUCCCUUAUGACAGCUUCUCCCAAAAUGUCAACUUUGGGUCUACUCCUCCCACCCAAUUCCCACCUUUUAGCCAACAACCAUCUCAAGGCUGCCAAAACCCUUCUCCUAACCAAAACCCUUCUCUUAGCCAAAACCCUUCUCCUAACCAGAACCCUUCUCCUAACCAAAACCCUUCUCCUAAUCAAAACCCAAAUCCAUCUAGGGAGAGACGGCAGUGGAACACUUCUGAUGAUCUUGUUUUGAUCAAUGGGUGGCUAAACACAUCAAAGGAUGAGAUUGUGGGCAAUGACCAAAGGUCAGGGACCUUUUGGAAAAGGAUUUCUGACUAUUAUGGAGCUAGUCAGCAUGUGUUGAAUGGUGCAGAACGAAGACUGCCUGAUCAUUGCAAGCAGAGAUGGGGAAGGAUAAGCAAAGAGGCCAGCCACUUCUGUGGAGCUUAUGGUACUGCUGAGGCUGAAAAGGCAAGUGGCAUGAAUGAUGUAGACGUUCUCAAGAAUGCUCAUACAAUCUACAUGUCACUUUACCAGAAGAAGAUUGGUCUCGAGCAUGCUUGGGUGGAGUUGAGACAGGAACAGAAAUGGUGUAGUCUAUGUGUUAUGAACCCUACUAGCAACACAUCAAGCAAGAGAAGGAGAGGUGAGGAUGCUCCACCAUCUUGUGGUUCGAUUGCAAAUGAAACAGAGAGCAGACCCAAAGCAGUGAAGGCAAUGAAAGGUAAAAGGUUUAGGGGAAAAGAUAAAGCUCUACCAGUUAAAGACUAUCCUCAGCUGUGGGAGAACAAAGAGAAGGAUAACGAUGCAAAGAUAAAACUCCAAAAGCUGGCAAUUCUUGACACUCUAAUUGCCAAGACCCAGCCAUUGGAUGAAGAUGAACUUGCUCUGAAGAAAAAUCUCAUGGCAUAG